AAUCAAAUGGGAAUAUAAAACAAGAAUUUGUGGCAAUUAAUUUAGUUGUUUCAAUAGUAGUGACAAUGUCUAAACCUUCAUAUCAUGUUUUGAUUACUUCUCUUGAAGCUUAUGGUCACAUCAAUGCGAUUUGUGGCUUUGGUGAGUUGUUGGUUCGACAUGGACAUAAAGUGACAUUUGCUCAUCGAUUGAAGUAUGAAAAACUUGCAAUCCAACAUGGAUUUGAUUUCAUCCCUUUCGAUGAAGCAGCUAUUGGUACUAUUUGUGAGGAGGAUUUACUAAAAUGGAUAGACGCAAAUGCGGAUAAAUGUCGACAAGAUCCAAUGGAGAGAUUCAAAAAUUAUACUGAAGAGGAAAAGGAAGCAGUGGCUUUCGGAGUUGAGAUUUUCAGAAAACUAAAUCGAGCUUUAGUUCCGCUCCUGGAAGAAAAUUCUUUCGAUGCAAUUGUUCAUGGAAGUUUGGAUAUAGUUGAUUGUAUCUACAAACAGGCCAUUCCCGUUAUUUCCUCGUUUUCUUGUGCACCAUUGAUUUUGUACGAAAAAGGUCCACCAGGUAUGUCGGGAUUUUCUGUAAAUAGUGAUCCUAAACUCUGGAAAAAGUACGAAGAGUACUAUACAGAUGCCUUUUCCAAGAUGGCCGAAAAUUUUAAUGUUCUGUUACGAGAAUCAGGAAGACCUGAAGACUUUUUACCGACUCAAUGGACUUUACCACUAAAAACAAUCGGAUUCUAUCAUUAUCCUGCUGAUCUUGAUUAUACUGAAUUCGCACCAGUUAAACCUGGUUGGCAUCGAAUCGACUGUUGUGUUCGAUCUCCAGAUGAAGAUUCGAUAUUUGAGUUACCAGAAAAACUCAAAGAUAAACCAGGAAAGUUAAUCUACUUUUCCCUCGGGCCAAUUGCCUCGAAUGAUACACCAAUUAUGAACAAAUUCAUUUCUAUUCUCGCUCGUUGUGGUCAUCGAGUAAUUGUCUCAAUGGGUAAACGCGGUGAUAAACUAAAUCUUUCCGAUAAUAUGUGGGGACAAGAAUAUGUCAAUCAGAUCGCUGUCAUUGAGAAGGUCGAUUUAGUAAUUACUCACGGAGGGAACAACACAUUCAUGGAGAGUCUUUGCCAUGGAAAACCAAUGAUAGUAAUCCCCUGGUUCGAUGACCAACUGGACAAUGCACAGAGAGUCGUCGAUAAAGAAAUUGGAUAUCGAGUUAAUCCUUGGGAAUUGGAUGAAGAUUAUUUUCUUAAUUGUAUCGAGAAAGUUUUAAAUGAUCAACAAUUACAACAAAGAGUAAAGAAAAUAUCAGAAAAUAUGAGAAACUCAAACUCUGGAGCAAAAGCCGUUAAAAUGAUUGAAGAUUUAAUUGUUGAGAGCAAAAAAGUGAAAUCUUCAUUCACUCAAUUCACUGGAGAUUCAAUCAGUUGAUUGUUUCACUUUUGUCUUAAUCAACACUCAUUUCAAAGCUUCUUCAAUAGGAGCUUUUAAUUGGACAAUACGAUUUUUAACCAGCUGAUUAAUUGAAAUUUUUUAAUUUGGAUGCGAAUUGUUAAUAAUUAACUGACAAAUGUAUUCUUAUUAUUUACUAAUGAUUAAAUUGUCGUAGUGAAUUUUAAUUGAUGAA